ACUGUUGGUAUCCAUUGUAUCCAACAAUUCGGUACUUGGUACUGAAUUCGUAUUAUAACUCUACCCGUGUUGUGAACCAAUUUUUCUGAGUCUAGUUUGCGUGAAGUUUGAAUUUUUAACUCAGUUGCCAUCAAGAUGGACGAGAAAACGGUUGACACGAUAUUUGCCGGUAGUCUGGCCAAGUUACCUCCGGUUAGUUCAAAAAUUGUGAGGAUAUUUACAAGUUCCACUUUCACAGAUACUACUAUGGAAAGAAAUACGUUGAUGGCAAAAUGUUAUCCAAGAAUCAAAGAUUAUUGCAGAGAAAAGCACGGUCUGGAAUUUCAAGUCGUGGACAUGCGAUGGGGUGUUCGAGAUGAAGCAACAGAUGAUCACAUGACAACUGAGCUUUGCAUGCGUGAAAUUCAGAAUUGCCAGCGCUUGUCGAUGGGUCCCAAUUUCGUCGUCUUUCUAGGCCAGAAAUAUGGCUACCGUCCUAUUCCAACCUAUAUCCUAACAUCUGAACUAAUGUUGAUUCGUGAAGAACUCGUCGCUACUGCUUGUGACGCUUCACUAAUCGACACCUGGUACAAAAAGGACGCUAAUGCUGUGCCACCCGUAUCGAUUCUACAACCAAUCUCUUCUAUAUUAAUCAAUUUUAACAACAAACGUAUUCCGAAACUACAAGCGGAAGAUCAAGCUAUUUGGUGGGGUACACUAGAAAAGUUUCAGAAAUUAUUUCGUAAAGCUUCUAGUUCUUUGUACGAGCAAGGAAAGAUGACGCAUGAAGAGAUGCAUAAUUAUUUCAUGUCAGUCACUGAACGCGAGGUGAUAAAUGGCGUCUUGAAUGUGAAAAAUACAAAGAAUCAUUGUCUUGGCUACGUGCGAUAUAUAAACAAUAUUAAUUUACAAAACCUUAAGAAAGCAUCACUCUUUGUGGAUAUUAUCAACAGAAGUCUUGAUCUGGAAUCGUCUAAGUUGUUGGCUAAUUUGCGAGAUGAACGACUUCAGGAAAAACUUGAAACUUCUAAUAUGGAGAAAUACACUGUGGAGUGGAUUGGUCGCGAAGGUCUUGACACAGAAACACAUGGAGAGUAUUUGAAAAACUUCAUAACUCACUUCUAUAAGAAUAUUAUAAAACUAGUAGAUCGAGCAAUGCGGAAGGAAGAUUCCAGUCCUCAAGGACAAAUUGUUACUGAAAUCUUACAACAUUUACACGCUUGUAAUAAUUCCGUUAAAGUAUUCUAUGGUAGAGAUGAAGAUCUCGAGAGGAUUCAUGAGUAUAUGAUUGGUGAUGAUGAUAAACCAUUUGUUUUAUAUGGGGAAGGUGGUUGUGGUAAGACUUCUUUGCUGUCAAAAAGCGCGGCAAUGUCAACGGCGAAUGCGUGGUUCCCAAAUGCAAAACCAUUGAGUAUUAUUAGAUAUUUGGGUACUACGCCUGAUUCUAGUGCGUUGACACCUACUUUAAUUUCAAUAUGUCAACAGAUUUCUUAUAAUUUCAUGAUUGCAUUUGAUACUAUACCGGAUGAUUUGGUGCCUCUGACAGCUCAUUUUAAACAAUUGCUGACAAUGGCGACAAAAGAACAGCCAAUGUUCUUCUUCUUGGAUUCUGUUGAUCAAUUGACAGGAACUACCACUGGGAAUAAGGUUUCUUGGUUGCCUACCAGACUUCCACCGCAUGUCAAAAUAAUUGUAACCUGUGCAAAUGAAGAAUCCAACCCAGAAGUAUCAAAAGAAUAUCACAUUCUACGUAAAAUGAUUGAAGGAGAAAACUUUAUAAAUGUUUUACCGCUCGGUGAAGACCUGGCAAUGCGUGUUAUGAAAAUGUGGAUGCAAACUGCUUGUCGUGAUCUUUCUAACUAUCAAUGGAGAUUAGUUUCCAAUGCAAUCGAUAAAUGUUCGUUACCUAUAUUCAUCAAACUUGUAUUUGCUGAAGUGUGCCGUUGGAGGAGUUAUACAAAACCGCAGGAUACUCAUCUUGCAUCAACAGUUAUGGAUUCUAUCAUGAUGCUAUUUGAACGAAUUGAAAAACAACAUGGCCGCUUGUUGGUUUUCCACGCGUUGGCUUACAUAACAGCAGCAAAGAGUGGACUAUCAGAAUCAGAACUAGAAGAUUUAAUAUCUCUAGAUGAUAAGGUACUAGAUGAUGUUUAUCAGUAUCAUAUGCCGCCUGUCAGACGCAUUCCGCCAUUGUUAUGGACGAGAAUCCGGAAUGAUUUACCGAAUUAUCUCUCUGAGCGUGAGGCGGACGGCGUUAGUGUUAUGAAUUGGUAUCACAGACAAUUCCGAGAUACUGCCAAAGAAAGAUAUUUUAAGAAUCAAAAUAUGGCUUUGUACUUUCAUUCGAUGAUUGCUGAUUAUUACAUUGGUAUAUGGGGAGGUGGUAAUCCAAAACCAUUCAAGUACACGGAAAUUCAAAGACAUCGGUUUAAUCUUGCUGAUAAGGAAGGUAUUGCUGAUAGAAAAGUACCAUUACAACCUUUGGUGUUUCUUGGAAAGGAUGGAUCAGUUACCAGAUAUAAUCUUCGAAAGUUUGGUGAAUUACCUUUUCACCUCAUACGUUCCAAACGAUUCAAAGAUUUAUACGAAAAUGUUCUUUUUAAUUACGAAUGGCUUCACCGUAAACUAUGCAGUUGUCCUCUGCAAGCUAUUCUUUCAGAUUAUGAAGAUGCUACUGCUCACAUUGAUGGUAAAGAAGCCCAACGUGAGUUGUUACUUGUGGCUGAUGCUCUUCGUCUUGGAGGAGCCGUUUUGGGUCAAUAUCCUGACAUGUUAGCACCACAAUUAGUUGGUCGUCUUCUUCCGGAAGUUGCUUCCAAUCCAAAUAUUAAAAUGCUUCUCAACGAUUGCGAUUUGAAAGGUCCUCAACAAUGUGCUCUUAUGCCUCUGUAUCAUUGUUCUCAUACUCCGGGAGGUCCUUUGAAAUACUCUUUAGAAGGACAUCAAUUUGCUGUGUUUUCGAUUUGUUUAACUUCUGAUUACCGAUAUGUAGUAUCAAUUUCUAAUCGGUUUAUCACUUGGGAUUUGUCUACCAGUGAUCUAACACGUGAUGUUAAUCCAAAUAUAGAAGGUAUUCUACAAGAGUUGGUUUUAAGUCCUGAUAACAAAUGGGCGUCUGCUUAUACUAAUAAUCAUCAAACUGUUUUAUUGAAUAUGUUAACAAGUGAGUUUGUUUUGAUUAAAAAUCCUUUGAAGAAAGAAGAAGAGGAAUCUGAAGGUGUGGAACACCCAGAAAAGGAAUUAAAAGAAAAAGAAAAGGAAAAAGCAGAGAAAGGAAAAGUUGAAGAGGCGGAAAAGGAAGCUCCGCCUGUUGUGGGCGGGUUUUUAUUGAAUCAUAAUUUAUUUAUUUAUGGGCAGAAAACUUGGGUAAUGUAUGACAUGCGUGGGAAUGUCAUAAGUACAAAAAAUACUAUUUAUAUGGAUAAUGAAUGGUCUAUUUUAUCAAUGUAUUUCUUUGAUCCAACCAACUAUCGUAUUAUCUAUUGGACGGAUGACAUUGAUAAUGAUAAAAUGUUAUUGGAGUAUGUUUUUGGUGGAAUUGACUAUGAAUCAUUCGAAUAUCACAGUGCAAUUGCUUUCACAAAAAAUCAUAAAACAAUAUACACCUGUACUAAUGUCGGUAAUUACGGAAUUACUGAAUAUACAUUAAACCCUGAUACAAAAACAUGGCUGAAAGUUGAUGAUCUACCAAGGGCUGAAGUUGACGACACAGAAAUUGUGUUACAACUUAAAUUGGAUAAAGAUGAUCAUGUUUUGUUUGCUACUACCAGUAAUGGAUUCAUGAUCUGGGAUAGAAAUCCUGAAGAAUCCGAAAGAAUCUCAACAGGUCCCAUUGUUUUGUCUCUACCAUAUGCAACCCGCAAUAUUACUACAAAAAUGUUGCGAUCCAACUCAAUUGUCUUAAGUGCCCAGAAGAAUUAUGCCAUUGCGGGUGUCAGAAAAAAUCUAUACGUGUGGGAUGUAAUAACUUGCAAAUUAAUGAAAGUCCUGGACGCUCAUUUUGGCCGUAUUGUCCAGUUAGAACCGUUAACUAUAGGCAACUGGAACAGCAUUGUUACAUCCUCCAUUGAUCGCUCUGUAAAAGUCUGGAAUAUUAAUAACAUCUUUGAACAAGUGCAUGCAAUUGACAGACAUGAACUACAAGUAGACUCUAUAAGUCUUUCUGGUGACUUAAGUCUAGCUGUGACUGCAACACGUAACUGCGUUGGUGUCUGGGAUCUGCGAGUAGGGAAACUACUAGCUAAACUAGCGGAUAGCCCAUUGGGCGCCAUUGUUACCCAUGCUGAAAUUACCCCUGAUGGUAGAUACAUCAUCUCCGCCGAAUCAGGAAAUUUAAUUUAUUGGUACAGAUUAACAGAACAAGUGCAUUUUAAAGUAGAACAACAAGGAAUAAAACAGUUAACAUUAUUUGAUGAAGGUACGAAAGUGUUAACAAUAUCAAAACCUAACAACGCUCCAGGAAAUGACAUGGUUAAGACGGAUGCUACCGUCGUGGUUAGAAAUAUACCUGAUGGUGAAAUGGAGUAUUCGUUUACGUAUCCAGUGAGGUCGAUAACAGGUGUACCCUUUCGGAAUGCAGUGUUUACUCCGGAUAAUCAGCAUAUUGUUAUGUCUGGUGCUGAGGCGAAAUCCAAUCGCGAUUGCGUGAUUGUACACAGUUUAAAAACUGGGGCGUUUGUAGCGAAAAUAGGGUUGAAAUCGAGUGGAAUCAAAGAUAUUAAUGGGCUGGUUGCAAUGCCACAGAAAGCGACUCUGGUUGGCGUGAUUUCUGCGGAUAAAACCGCCAUUUUGGAUAUUAAAUCAAAGAAACACGUAAGGAACGUUCCAAAAUGGGGUGGGAUUUGUACAAAGGAUGGUAAAUUUGGUCUUUAUGCCCCGGCAAGAGGUGGUUUGGAGUUGAUUGAACUAAGAAAAGGUCAAACUGAAAAGACAUUUAUACCUAAAGUAGCCGAAGGAGUGUUUUCUAUUAUCUGCAUGUUUAAUAAAACAGAAGAAUACGUUUUGUAUUAUCAUGGCGGUAAGAAAACUCUACGUGUGUUCAGAACUGGUGAUUCUGAAAUGAUUGCAAAUUAUCGUUGUCAAGCCGAAUUAACUGCAAUAGAAAGUACAGAAGAUGGUAAAGCAUUAGUUUUGGGUACUGUAGAUGGUUGCGUAUGUGUGCUCGCCAUCUUGGAUCCGGCCAAAGCAGAUCGCAACGCAUAUUUAGCGCAAAUGCCGUCUCGUGAUGAGCAAUGGUCAAAGAAAGUUGGCAAACAAAAGGCACAGACACGUUUCAAAGCUAUUGGAUCUUUAGCAAAAUUAUCUACAGUAUUUGCCAAUAAUACUGCAAACACAAAAAAUGAAAGUGAAGCCGGAAAAGAAGAAAAAUCCAAAGCAAAUGAACAAGUAAUCGAAGAAGUAGCUCAGGAUGUUGCUUAAAUUAUGUUUUAGACUAUGUAAGUAUAAUUUAAAGCUUUAAUUUAUUUACAUUUAAAUUUUAGGCCAAAUAUGAAAAUAUUCUAUGCUUGUUGAUAAUGGAAAAUUUGAAUAUUGACGUGUUAAACAAAUAUAACAAAUUGUUAAAAUGCAAAAA